GAGAGAGGAUGAAGAUACAGUGUGAUGUGUGUAACAAAGAUGAGGCGUCGGUGUUUUGCUCGGCAGAUGAAGCGGCCCUGUGCGAGGGUUGUGACGAGCGAGUCCACCAUGCCAACAAACUCGCCACCAAACACAUCCGCUUCUCUCUCCUCCUCCCUUCCUCCUCCAAUCAAUCUGAAUCCCGCCCUCUCUGUGAUAUCUGCCAGGAAAGACGCGCCAUUCUGUUCUGCCAAGAAGAUAGAGCCAUCCUGUGCAGAGAAUGCGACAUUCCAAUCCACAAAGCAAACGAACACACCCUUAAACACAACAGGUUUCUUCUCACCGGUGUCAAGCUCUCAUGUCCUUCUUCUUCUUCAUCCUCCUCCUCCAAUGGAUUUGAUCUUCCCACUUAUUCACAUAUCAAAAGCUCUGUUAUUUCUAAUCAAAGCUCUAACCCAACAAGUUCGAUUCAUUACGACAAGGCAUCAUUACCUUCAACAAAUACAACACCUUGCAAAGCUAAUCAUGAUCAUGACCACCAUUACCGUUAUGUGAGCCAAGAAAAUUCAGUAUCCCUGUCAACCAGUAGCAUAUCAGAGUAUUUGAUGGAGACAUUGCCCGGAUGGCGAGUCGAUGAUUUCCUUGAUCCUUCAUGUUUUCCCCAUGGUUUCUGUAAGUUUUCGAAUCAUGAUCUUGACAAAGGUUGGUAUCCUUUUCCAUCAGAAGAUUUGGUCAUUUGCGUACCUCAAGCUCCAAUACAAUUUUCUCAUAAUACUCCUCUAUGUCCACCCCAAACUGGUGUGAUCAAUGGAGUUUUUAAGGGGUCUGAAGAGGAACUCGAUCUCAUGAAAUUUAGCAGGAAAUGGAAUGAAGAUGGUUUUACAGUCCCUCAAAUCAGCCCUCCUCUGAAGAAAUCGAGGCAAUUUUGGUAGGGAUAUAUGAAAAGAUCAACGUUUUCUAUGGGAGGAGCUCCCUCCAUACCUCAAUUCUCCAUAAUUCGUCCAUACUUUUCUUGUGAACCUCAAUCUAGGCACACAGAUGAUUUAAACUAUUAAUCUCAUAGACGUCACAGUAAAAAUUGUUCCUAUAAAAAAUAAGUUUCAUUGGACUACUGGUAGUCCAAUAAAACUUAUUUUUUGCAUGGAUAAGAUUUACUGCAAAGCGUAUGAGAUAGACGAUUCAGAUUAUCCAUAUGUGCCUGGAUUGGUGUGUGCAAGAGGGGUAUGGAGGGGUUAUGGAGAGGAUCUCAUCCUUGUUUCUACACGUUGUAGGAAGUAGAUCAUACCAUUGUCGAUGUGAUUCUGUGGCUCGUUUUGGGGGUUGGUUUGGCUAGGUUGUUCUUCUUCGUUGCCUUCUGUGUGGGUUGUCUAUUUAUCUUUCCCAAGCAAUUUGUACAUAAAUGAAUAUCAUGAAUGCUUCAUCAACUAUGCUAAAAAAUAAUAAUAAUAAUAAUAAAUCCAGGGAGACAAAAAUAAGAAAUCAAAAGUGGGAUUUAUGAAUAUGGGAUUUACAUGUGAGUGGAACUCACAUGGAUUACACUUUUUGUCUUA